AUGGCCACUCUUGUCUUUUUUUCGGUGAGGGAAUCGGCCCAGGCCACCACGAGGCGGUGUUUUAGGGGCCUGGCUAAAGCAGGACACUCUCAGUCGUCGGUACCCGCCACUCACAGCCCCGUGGUGGCACUGCUUCCGGGAGUGAGGUGGUUCUCCAGGGGCACCGCCGCGCGCCUCGUGCCCCAUGGGACUUCCGGAGGGUCAGCCGCUGGGCGAGGCGGAGGAGGGGGGGGCGCCCUGGCUCUCAGCGGGGCCGCGGUGGUCGCCGCCGCCGCGGCCGUGGCGGGGUUCAUGGCCAACGCCGGCCACUUCCAGCGGGCGGAGAUGGCGUCCAGGGUGUCCCCGGCCGAGGAGGACGAGCCGGACGGGGACAUAGCGAAGAGGUGCAAAGCCUUCAUGUCCCCUCCGGUGACCGACGUCAACGUGCUCCAGGGUCGGAAGGAGGAGAUGAGCACGAGAAUGGAGAUGCUGAUCAUGGAGACGCAGGCCGAGUUUUGCAAAGCCCUAGAAGAGGUGGACGGUGGGACGUUCAAGGUAGACCGGUGGCAGAGAAAAGAAGGUGGAGGAGGAAUCAGCUGCGUGAUGCAGGACGGAAAGGUGUUUGAGAAGGCGGGGGUCAACGUGUCCGUGGUGUUCGGGAACCUGACGGAGGAAGCCGCAAAGCAGAUGAGGAGCAGAGGGAAAGUCCUCAAAGGGAAAGAUGGAAAGCUGCCGUUUUGUGCCAUGGGCGUGAGCUCCGUCAUCCACCCCAAGAACCCCCACAUCCCCACAGUGCACUUCAACUACAGAUACUUUGAGAUUGAGGAGGCGGAUGGCUCUAAGCAGUGGUGGUUUGGUGGAGGAACAGACCUGACGCCGGUUUAUAUUGAUAAAGAAGACGCCUUCCACUUCCACAACACCCUGAAGGAGGCCUGCGACAAGCACCACCCGCAGUACUACCCCGACUUCAAGAAAUGGUGUGACAGAUACUUCUACGUCCGCCACAGAGGAGAGACCCGCGGCAUCGGAGGCAUCUUCUUCGACGACCUGGACUCUCCCAGCCAGGAGGAGGCCUUCCGCUUCGUGACGAGCUGCGCUCGCACCGUGGUGCCCUGCUACCUCCCCAUCGUCCACAAGCACCUGGACCACCGCUUCACCGACGAGGAGAAGCACUGGCAGCAGGUCCGGCGGGGGAGAUACGUGGAGUUCAACCUGGUGUACGACCGGGGGGUGAAGUUCGGCCUGGCCACGCCGGGCUCCAGGAUCGAGAGCAUCCUCAUGUCCCUCCCCCUCACUGCCAGGUGGGAGUACAUGCACGAGCCCGCCAAAGGCACCAGGGAGGCCGAGAUGCUGGAGGUGCUGAGGAACCCGAAGGAGUGGGUGUGAGCUGGGCCCCAAAACAGACAAAGAAACCCCCCAAGAGCCCUCAGUCCCGACUGACAAGAUCUUAAUUUCCCAGCGGGUUUAAUCUACGGCCUUACUCAGCAGUUUGAGAGAAGAGCAGGCCCGCUGAUCCCCUCCCUCUCUCUGUGCUUAAACCUUUUUAAAUCAGCCUUCUUGAAACUUCACCAAACCUCAGACACAGUUUGGCUCUGCUGUCCACAGCGAAAUAAGCUCCGUUCCCCACCCUCACCGUCAGGAGGCAAAAACAAAUGUAACAUCGCAGGCGACCUGCUUCCAGGUCAUCCCUCUGAUGAAUUACUCCUUUUAGAAAGAGUUUUCUUUCCUUUCCUUUUUUUUUCCUAUGCCGGAGAUGAAAUUGGCUCACUCUACUUGAAGAUGUCCGGAGUUGCACUCUCUCCUGCACGUAAUGAAGCACUGAGGGGAAAGAGAGGCAAACCGAGUCAUUCUGUAUGUCCCCGCUGUUAUUUAUCAAUAAAUCUAGUUUUGACAUGCACUUCUCAGAGCAGGGAUUUUUUUUUGACAAUCGUAGCUGCGAAGGAUGAAUUGCCUCCAGUUUAGUUUGGUUAUUCAGUUUUUUCCCCCUCUGGAAGGAGGUUAAUGAGUCACCUGCUGCUUUAUCUGAACAUGGGCAAACAAUACCGUUGGUUUAGUUGCUUUUUCUUCGAUCAUCAUGUUUGACUUUAGGUGGACAGAGCAUGUAAGUUAAUUUUCCAUCAUAUUUGAGGUUUUCAGAAAUCCUUGGUAUGAUCCUGGUUAGUGAGAAAUCGUUGAAAUCCAACAGGAAAAGUAAAAUUAUCCCUGAAAGCACAGA